CUUCCUGAGGGGCCCUGCCCGGUCCCUCCCGGUCCCCAACCGGCCCCGUUCCUGUUCCCGGUCCCGGCCCCAGCGGCCGGGCGCAGGCGCGGUGCUCCCCGGCCGCCCGUGCCCCCCGCCCCGUCGCAGGGCUGACGCGGCGGCGCCGGCGCAGGGCGCUCGGGCCCGGCGGGGCGGAGCGGAGCCAGGAGCCGGGAGCCGAGGCCUUGGUGGCGGAGGCCGGGAUGCGGCGGGAGGCACCGGCGGGCAGAGUGCAGAGAUACACCCGGCUGUAGCAGCUGAUGGCUUUGCUGUCUGCUGGAGCGUGCUGUUCCUGUAAACACCGAAGAACCACUUCAAAGAGGGAGCUGUGCCCUUCUUCGUGGAGUCAGAGCAGGAGAAUUUCUGGGGUGGCAGCACGGACCCUGCCGGUCCCUUAUGGGAAGGAUUUGUCUGAUUUUCAAGAUCAUAAUGCAGCAGAAAAAUGAAAAAACACAGAAGAAAUUUGCUUCUGAAAAGAAGUCAGUUGCUGGCCCAGUCUAGAAGGUGCACCACUGGAUUUGGGGAGCUUGGGAAAUGCUGCUUCCAAAGGCCAUUUUUCCUAGCUAAGAAGAAAAGACAGAGUGCUCAGCUAAUUGUGAGCUUAAAUCACGACAAACUGUAUGGAAGCCUGCAGUGCAAAAGGAAGGCUCUUGAGCUCCCAAGCAGGUUGGCUCCUGAUGUGCAUCUAAAUGCAGAAAUUUAUCAAAAACCUGCUGUAGACCCAUAGAGCUUUCCUUACAAAAAUACCAAGGGCAGAAAGAUCCUGUCCCUAUCAGAGAGCUGAAAGCCCGUCUGGAGAAGCGGUAAGAAAACUCAACAAUGAAUCCUUUCAGAGUGAAGAUCCCUUGAACAAAGAAUUAGAAACUGGCGCUACUCUUAAUAGCAUCUCUGGCAAUAUCCAUUAUGUCUCAUGUGGUACACAGCAUGGUGCUGAAUUACCUGUAAAGAAAGGUGGCUCUGUAUAUAGCGUGGAAGAAAGCAAUAAUGGUGUGGGCAACACAGUCCUGGUAGUUUUCAACAACUAUAAAAGGAAAUGCUGUUGCAAAAGGAGUGGAAUGGAACUUGUGGCCCCUUGACAACCAGAAAGAGGUCCAAAUUUAGCCAUAAUACUGUAAAAAAGAGAUCUUUAUUUAUGAUGCAUAAGAAACUUUCUAUGGUUAAAUUUCGGUAUAGAAUUAGAAAAUCCCCAGAACUUCGAGCAAGAGGCAAAACCUGCAAACUGAGAAAAAUCAAGCCGAGGUGGGUGGAGAAAGUUACAAGGGACCAUCGAGAGACGUUCCAGCGGGAUUUCGAAGGCGGAUUGUGUAGUUGGUUUUCCUACUGGAAAUCUAAAAGUGACCGUCUUUGGAACCGGUACAGCCUAUCAGAUAUGAACAAUAAUACACCCAAAUCUGCAGGCGAGGAGAAGGAAGUACGUGCACCUGAGACCUGCUGUGCACAGGACGCGUUGCCGUGUGCUGAGCUGGGUUCUGAGGAGCCGGGAUCCGCGGGGCAGGAUGCUGCUGCUGUGCUGCCCGCACCGCCUGCUGGAGCCUCCCCGGAGGCAGGGACCUUGCCUGGUGUGGAGACGGCUGAGGUUCUGGCAGAGGAUCGUUCCUCUGACACGUUGAUCUCUGUGACAGGCAAGGAAAUGGCUGUUUUGGGUCAAGAUGAUGCAGAGCCAAGUGAAAUUAUAGGUGUGGAAGGACUGCUGCUGCUGCAGUCCUCCUUGCAGGAUUCUGCUGUCAGUGACAAUUUUGCAAAUGGACCUUCCUCCAUGGAGCUGGCACAAAAUGAGGACAACUCUAGCCAAAUGGAAGUGGAGGGCUCCUUAAACCUGGACGUUUUUAGUGCAAAGUUACUCGAUCACCCGUACUGUAAAAGUCCUCUUGAGGAGCCUUCCCCGGAAAGCACAGGACUGAAAUCAGGAACUCAGAAGGGAGGCAAAAGGAACAGUCAGAAAGCUUCUGGGGUGGCCGACGAGCAGUUGGCAACGUGGCUUUGUGGAUUCCUAGAUGAAGUUAUGAAGAAGUAUGGCAGUUUAGUUCCACUCUGUGAAAAAGAUGUCAUGGGAAGAUUAAAAGAAGUCUUUAAUGAAGAUUUCUCCCAUAGAAAACCUUUUAUCACCAGGGAAAUCAUGAAGUAUCGGGAAAAACAUCCAAAAACCUCCACUUGCAAUUUCCGGGUCUUCUAUAAUAAGCACAUGCUAGAUAUGGACGAUUUAGCUACACUGGAAGGCCAGAACUGGCUGAAUGACCAGAUAAUUAACAUGUAUGGUGAACUCAUAAUGGAUGCAGUCCCUGAAAAGGUUCAUUUCUUUAACAGCUUUUUUCAUAGACAGCUCGUUACCAAAGGAUAUAAUGGGGUAAAACGAUGGACUAAAAAGGUGGACUUGUUCAAAAAGACUCUCCUGUUAAUUCCUAUUCACCUGGAAGUCCACUGGUCCCUCAUUACUGUGAACAUCCCCAGUCGAAUCAUUUCAUUUUAUGAUUCCCAAGGCAUUCAUUUUAAGUUUUGUGUAGAGAACAUUCGAAAGUAUUUGCUGACUGAAGCAAAAGAGAAGAAUCGCCCCGAGUUUCUUCAGGGUUGGCAGACUGCUGUGACAAAGUGCAUUCCACAACAGAAAAAUGACAGUGACUGUGGGGUUUUUGUGCUCCAGGUGGUCGUAACUUUGGAAACCACAGGAGACGUCACCAGGUCCACGGUGCGUGGCGGGGCCGGCACGGCCCACCGACACGGAUGGAUGGCAACGGGAACCAGCGUGGAAAGGGAAGAGCCCUGGAUGGAGAAGAGCAAUCCAAAAAUUGGUGCAGAAUAGCUCCUUGAGCCCCCCUGGGAUUUCUCGGAGUUUCUCGCUGCAGGAAGCACAUCUAGAGCCAGCCAAACCAUCUCCUUUUCUUUUCUUUUUUUCCCCCCAGCAAAAAUCUGCUGACCCAGAGCCUGGGUUUUCCAGUUCCCCCCAAGCAAUGCACUGAGUCGGAGAUCCGGGAGUGCUGCCUGGGAUGGGGGAAACCACAGGACGGCCCCUGCAAACCGGGUCCAACUUCCUCCAUCCGUACCCCAACCAGGUUGGGGCUGGGUCCGGGGGUGGCAGAGGGGGGAUGCUGCAGAGAUGUGAGGCUUGGGGUUCCUGGGGUUCCUGGGGUUUGUCGCCCACCCAGGAAAAGCCAUGCAGAUCCCCCCCAGCAGAGGAGCAGGGCUAUCUCCAUUUGGCAGAGGGCUCUAGCUCUCUUUUCCCCUCCAACAGCAGAGUGGGAGCUGCUCCCCAUGGUCAGGAGCUAAAUGUGAGGAUUUAAAGCCCAUCAGGUUCCUGGGCUCACAGGGCACAAACCUGAUCAUAUAAUUUUUUGAUUAGGGGAUGUAUUUUUCUCCAUUAAUGCCUAAUUCCCCCAGGGUCACCCACAGGAGGGAUGCCAUGGGGAGGAGGGAUGGGUUGGGCAGUGCCACGCUGGCUGGUGGCAAGUCAUGGGGACCAUGGCACGGAGAGCCACAGACACACCUGGAGGUUUCCUCCCAGCCCUCACCACCCUCUGUAAUUCAUCCCCACGGCAGGGACACGCUGGGGACAGCCCCACGGUCCCACGGCUGCUGCUACCCCAAGCAUCUGCGGAGGGGAAAACUUCCCAGCAUAACACCCGCAGCCUCUCAAGUAAAUAGUCAUUAAUGUUUCACUCAAGGGUUGUAGCCUUAAUACGUAAAAUCUGUUCAGCUUUUUUAAUUCCUGGAUCGUGCUGUGGAAAGUCCUCCCCAGCUCGGCUCCUGCCUUUCCUCCCCCAGCCCGUGCCCCGCGAGGGGCCGCGGCCCCAGGGUGGAGAUGCCCUGAAGAGGGCAGCAAGGCCACGGCCACGCAUGGGACCACGAGUGGGGUGCCCAGAGGUCCCACAGAGUGGCCUUUGAAGCUAAAUGUUGGGUUAUUUUGUUGAUGGUGUUUGUGUUUGUUUAUUUUUUUAUUUUUUUUAUUUUUUUUUUUUUUUAAGAGAGCAGGAGGGGGAGAAGAGCUUUAUAAUAAACCCCAAAUUAAUACGCAUGGAUCUUUCUGCUCUAUCAGCAUUGUGCUCACUGCAAACACCUGUGGUUACAGGCAACCCAGCCACCCUGGCACUCCUCAGCCCCUCGGCCCCCAGCUGUGUCCCCCCUCCCAGCCCCAGCUGAGCCUUUUUAAGGACCAGGCACGACCAGGUUGGGUUUUUCUGAUGGUGUGAGCUGCAUAAGGUAAAGGCGUUAUUUUGGGGGGUUUCUGUCUUUUUUUUGGUGCUUGUGUCCUUCAACCAGGCAGUGUCAGUGCUACUCUGUGGCUGCUCAGUUGAUUGCAGAGAGGAGAUUUUGAGCUGGGGGCCUCUGAGGCUGGGUACUUGGCUCCCCACUCCUGGGUGUGUGUGCCCUGGCUGGGGCUGCCGUGUAAAUGUGCAAUUACAAGAACAAGCAGUUUUUUCCCCAGAGAUCUCUUGGCCUCAAAUUAAGGAGGCUGAAGCUCUGUCAGAAGAUGACGGAUGUCACCAGGAGAGGCACUGAUGAGUGGUGGGGAGCGUGGGGUCAGGGUGCUGCAGGUGGGCGAGCUGCAUCGUGCCACGCUCACCUCCUGCCCCGAGGAGGUGGGCAUCCCUGGAGGAUGGGGAUGUGCAAGCUGGGUGCCCCAGCUGGGGUGGGUGAGGAUUUUGGGGUGGGAAUGGAAAGGCCCUGCAGGUUCCUCAUAGCUCAAGCUGGGGAAACACAACGGUUGCUUGAUGUCUUUGGGGAGGAAUCAGCCUUGAAAGGGGUGUUUGUGAGCUCAAAGGGGAGCGAUCAGCAGCAGUGAUGUCCACCUCACAGCUGAGGGUCCUCAAGCAUCAAGGUGAGGCUCCUGGUGGGUGUAAGCAGCCCCAGAGCUGGUGGUUGGAUGGAAGGAAAGGUCCUGGGCAGGUCUCGCCCUGACCUGAGCACCUUGGAGGAUGUACAAAGGGAGCUGUGUGCACCGGAGAGGCAGGACAGAGCCCGCAGACAAGCUGGGGGAGGACUGGGCUGAGAUCAUGUAAACUCUGCAAAGGUACGGGAUGUGAGAGCGAGGCAUGAAACGCACGCAGGCAGGCGGCCAACAGCAGCUCCACGUCUGCCUGCAAACGCAGGGGGCUUCAAAGGAGGAGGGGGGAGAAGCGGCGUGCCUGGUGCGGCAGCGGUGCUGCGCGGGGCGUAGGGCUGCGAGGGAAAUCCCGUGCUCUUGCUCAGACAAAGGUUUUCCAUGCAACGAGGUGCUGGGCUGAGGGUGGCCGGAGCGGGCACUGUGAGGGUGUGUAAUAACCUGCAGUGUCAGCAUCCGGGGGGGCCCCCGAGAGUCAGCGCCGGGUCCCCUCUUCUUGGAGCCCGGCCAGCCCCGAGCGAUGCUUUCCAGUGCAUGUGGUCAGGCCGUGUGUCAGGAGGAUUAAUGAUAAAGGCUUCUUGGGGCUUGAAGAGAUCUGGGUCUAAUUUAAAACCAAAACAACACGUAGAAAUUGAGGAGGAGGGGAGUUGCUGUCCUGAGGCGAGCAUGGGAUGCAGCUCAUCACGGAUCCUAUCUUGCAGUAACAUGUGCCAGGACCUUCAGAGAAGGUACAAGCAAACACCUGGUACACAGGAAAAACCCAGCCUCCCAGGGGUGCUUUCUUCUUUGUCUUUUGCUAUUAGUCAUUAGCUCAUGCUCCGAAGCACAUGGCCUUAUCUCCCCUCUAGGCAUCUUCCUUUUAUCUACCUUGACUCAUGGAGCUGCAGAAACUUUUAUUAGCCACAUAAAUGUCGGAUCUUCUUUAAAAUCUUACAAAACUCUCUGCCUCGCCGUAUCUUAGGGCGAUGAGUUCCACGCAUUAAUCACGCGUUGGUGUAAAAAUGAGUUUCUCACCCAUUUUCUGCCUUCGGAUUCAGCCGUGGCCACAAAGCAUCCCCGCGAGCAUCCGGCCCCGAUGCGGAGCCAGCUGGGUGCCGAGGGGAGCUCCAGCUUCCCCUGAUGUCUGCUGGGGAUGAGAUUUAGCAGCCUGACAGCGAGCCCCCUUGUGCAAAAAGUCCUUGGUUUCCUUGAUGGGGAGAGGGCUUGCAGGACGGCGUGCGGAGGGGAUGGGGAGCUGGGGCUGAAGGUGUCCCCGGGGUGAGGGCUUGGGGCUGUGCCAGGCGAUGGGAGGUUUGGGAAAGGGCCACAGGGCCCAGCCGAGGGCUGGAGGAAGUGUGGAACAGGGGAGCGUUUGUCUUGAUUUAAUUUGACACUUAAACUGGAAGGAGUGAUUUGUAGCUGUGUACAUUUAAAAAAAAAAAAUCCUCCUCAAGACAGGGAAAUGGAGGCAAUAGCAGGUUUUGGUGCCAGAUCAGAUAAAACCAUGUGGGUAAUGCCUCUGCCUUCCUCCUUUUUAUCCAGCUUUGUCUCCAGGCUCCUAAAAAAAAAUCCUGAUGGCUCAAAAUCCUCCACUGCUGACUCUUUCCAGCACCUCCGCUGCAGUAAGGUGCCUGAACCCCACGGGACAGGAGCUGCUGCAGUGACUUAGCCUGGCGCAGGGCUCCCUGGCCUGGGUGUCGUGUACCCAAGGGCAGUGUGGUGGCCUGGCUGCCCCCAAACACCACGCUGCGUGUGGUGAGGCCGUGCAGUGCAGGGAAGGAGGCAGGAGGCACAUCCCAGCCACAUGGAGGUGGCACCUGGUGGGUGUUGGGGGAGCCUGAGUCAGGCCCUCGGCGGGCACCAAGGUGGCCAGGGGAGCGCACGGGGGCUCAGGGAAGUCUUGGAAAGGGAUGAAUGUGUUUUGGCACAGACCCCAAUCCUUUCCUGCCAGUGCAUGGAUGGGAAUUUCCAACAGGAACAGUCGUAGGGCUCCUAUCUGCAAGCUGGAGAGGAGAGCUAGGGAUUUUUACCAUGUGAUUCACAGUUGUUCCUUUCAUUUAAAUAAUGGGAAAAAAAAAAAGAGCAACCACUGACAGCCCUCAGCUCUGCCACGUGGCUGAGCUCUCCCGGGUGCGAUGGGCAGGGUGAGUGGGUGCUGAUGUGACCGAAGCUUUGGGGAUGGGUGAGGGGAUGCUCCCCAUCCCCUCCCCAGCUCUGCGCGGAGUGGCGGUGGCUCCUGGGGCUUCAGCCUGGUCCCAGCUGCUCCUGGUGGGUGUUCGCUGGAGCUUUCACAGCCCUCUGGGACAGAGACAGACUCCUCAACCAGGGAUUUGUUAUGCAGAGCCUCUCCUUGCACCAAAACCGGGGUUCUGCUCAGCGCAGCUCCAGCCUCUUGCUCCCUGCUGGGAGCAGACGCCUCCCUCCUGCAGCAGCUGGGUGCCCGCAGCAUCUCCCAACAGAUCAGGUUCGCCAGGCCUCUGGCACACCUCCCCAUCCUCGGCCGUGCUCUCGUUGUUUAUUUCCCACCUUUGCCACACACCAGUGCCCAGAGCUGGGCAUCUUCUGCGCCGAGACCGCAGCGGGGCUGGGGAGGACGCUGGAGGCGAGAUGCUGCUCUUAUCUCAGAACAAUGUUCUUUUUUUAAUCUUUUUUUUUUUUUUUUUCUGCUGCAGUGCAGCUCUCCUGCCUUGCGUCCAGCCUGUGUUCAUUACAACCCAAGCCCUGCUCUGUGAGCAGCCACCUCGCCAGCUUUCCCUUGUAUUUAUUUAGGCAUCCCCCCCGCCCCCGGUGUUUGCUGGCUCGAGGCGCGCUGGUGCUGCUGAGCGCUCCCCUGUUUUUCCUGGCUCCACCACCGCUUUAUCGAGACCACUUUGAGCUCUGGCCCUGCCUCCCCGCAUGCUGAUGGAGCAGCCCUGGCUCUGACAAAAGCCGUGGCAGCUCUCCAGCAGGUGAGGAGGUGAGUUUUGAUCCUUUGGAGCCACGCACAGCUUAAGGAUGGAGCCGGGGGCGCUCGUCCUGCUGCCCCCGCGUCGCUUCCUCUUCCUCUGACCCCUUCCAUCCUCAUUUCUUUAACAAAUGAGGCUGGUCCACGUGGGGCGAAUACCCAGGGAAUGCUGCUGCUGCUUGAGGACAAAAAACAAAUAAAAAGAUCGGCAGCAUGCCCGGGGAAAAGAAAACAUCCUAGAGACGUCGGGGAAGGGGCACAGCACGGCUUUGCCCUGGGAAAGCCUCCCCUCCGCCCGUGUUGUUAUUGCUGUUCCCUCCUCUGACCUGAGCAGUUUGCAAAUAUUUUCAGUCCUGCAGGUUGUUUCCAUUAGGAGGAAAAAUCAAUGAUACAGCCAAGAAUCUGUGGCAGAGCCUGCUCUUUGCUAAAAAUGGCCUGAAUCCUGCUUUCCUGCGCACAGAGGGGUGGGCUCCUUUGCUCCCGGCCCCGAUCCCAUCGCUCCCCAAAAAAUACCCCCAAAAGCCGCCUCUCUAGGUUGGGGCUUCCAGCCUGCCCCAAAGCUUCUCUGGCAACUCCUCCUCUCUCCUACAGACCCCGGGGUGUUCCCGACACUGUGCCCAGCCCCGGCAGUUCCCGCUGAUGGGGGACGGCUGCUAUCAUUUCAGCCAGCCACCGGAUAAUUUGCCAGGAAUGCCUAUUGAUUUCCUGCACUCCUCCGUGCAGACAGGGGUAAAUAAGAGCCAUUCGUCAUUGCAUUAUGUAUCGGUAAUUAAAAAUUACUAGGUAACUUCAACCAAAAAUUGAAUAAUUUGAAGUAAAAUUAAAUAAUUCUAGGUAAUCAGUACUAAAUGAGACCAUUAUUUUACUUAUCAGUGACUAAAAAUUACCAGGCAUUUUUCCUCGUUUGGAUGCUCUCCCUCCCCCUCCGUGUCAGUAGAGCCUUUCUAAUUUGUUUUAAUUGUUAAUUUUAAUGAGUAGUGUUUUUCUGAUAACAUUUUAGUAUGCUUUUUGUUGUUGUUAUUUUUUAUUUUUUUUUUGAGAUGGCUUUUAUUGCAUUGCGCAAAGCCUGAAGCACCUCAAUGUGGGAGCAAUUUGGAAGCUAAAUUAUUAUUAUUUAUUUAAAUCAAACCCUCCAGCCUCUUUAACCAUUUGGCUGAUUCUGUAAUUGCCGUGCCGGCGUGAUGGAAAUGCUCCGUGCUUGCCUCUCCCUGCCUCAGAGCUGAUGCAGAAGGGGCCUGGGUGCUCUUCUCAUCUUGGUCACCCUCUGCACGCUGCAUCCCCUGCCACCACUCCUGGUUUUGGGGAGGUUUUGGGGUCCAGGUUUUCUUUUACCCUGGCUUUGCAUGGUCUUCCCCAGCCACCCUUGCUCGGGGAAACCUGGUGGCAGCCCAUGGGGCUAAGCUUGCAGCCGUGUCUCCUUGCCCAGCCAGGGCAAAAAUGAGCUUUGGGGCCAGACUGACCAUUUCAGCCCUGCUUUUGUCUGGCUGUGAGCCAGAUAUUUGAGGCAGCCGGGCAGGAUGUGGCUUGUGGUGGGUCGUUUUUGCAAAACAGGGUGUUUCUUGGAUGUGAAGCCCCUGAAAUGUUUCCACUGUGGGCAUCCAAGUCCCCCUCCUGCCAGUUUUUGCCUUGGCUAUGUGGGUUCUCCAUCUCCCUAAAGCCACCUGAGCUACCCAGAGAGGCAGCCAGGGCAGACCCCAAAUUACCUGAGGCAAUGAGCAAUGCCUCCUCUGCACCCAGCCUCUGUGUCAGGCUGUGCCCACUGUCCCUGCAGGGACAGCAGGGUGGGAUGGGGACUACACUGGCUCCGGACCUCCGUGUCCCCCCGCAGAGGGACGGUUUGUCACCUCCCUGCUCCGUGGCACGCGCGUUUGUGCACUCAGCCAGGAGUGAUGCUGGCUUGCCUUGCUGCUGCUGGAUUGCAUUACAGCCUCCUGUCUGCGGUAAUUUGCUAUGCACCAUCACCCCGGGGGCAUGGCAGGCUCUUCUCUUCGCCAGGUUUCUCCCCAGGAGCCUCGCAGAUGCCUUCCACCCACGGGACAAAGCAUGGGGAGUCCCUGGGGUACCUCACCGGGCGCACCCAGGCGUGCCCUAGAGGUGCUGGGGUCAGGAGCCUUCCAGAAGUGGGUCUGGGAGUGUGGUGCUUGCUGUUGUCCCUGAUUUUAAUAUUUUUAAGAUUUUUUUUUUUUUCUGUGCCUUGCUAGGAGCACAGCCCUGUCACCCAGGCAUCUCUGCGGAGCGUGGAGCUUAUGAAAUGUCCUCACAGCAUCCACUUAGCAGGGAGCAGCCCUCAGCCCACGAUAGCUCCCGCUGCAUGAGCUGACCAAAUAGGAGAGCAGAUGGAAAGAGCAAAUCAUUGGAGGAUUUUUUUUUUGCUUUUCCUCUCUUUUAAUGAGACCCUCUUCCCUCGCCUUCCCCGGAGCGCUCAGCAAAUAGCUGUUGGAGAGCUCAGCCUGCUGCCGGUGCCGCGGCGUGUCCCUGGUUAACCCUAGGCUGGGCCCAGCCGGAGGGACUGGGGGCAUUGGGGCAGGGGAGAACCACCAGGAUCAUUUUGUUUAGCUGAAAUAAAUAAGGAUGGUGCCUUCCUGCAAGCUCUGCUCCUCUCCAUGUGAGUGACACCCAAAAGCUGAGCAAUCCAGCAAAAUCUGGGACUGAUGGGGGAUGCCCAGCUGAGGCUGCUGUCAGGGGUCCCCCAAUUUCUCCUGCCCGCUUGCCCGGCCUGGUGGCCCCAGAUGCUGACUCUGUGGCCAGCCCCUGCCCUCUGCUGCUGAGACCUGGAAGUGCCAAGCUGAGGCCCAGCAGCCCAAAAUCCGUGGGGUGCACGGCAGGCCCAUGUGCCAGGGGUCAGGGCACAGCUUUUUGUUGGGGUCUGCACGGCCCCGGAGGGGCUGGUCCGCGCCUCCUACCUCACACCCAGAAAUAUUUGUGCGCUUGGCAUUCGUUUCCCUUUGCUUAAUUCCACCCCAUUUAGAGCUAGUAAAACUAUUCCCUGCAAGCAAUUUACUCGACAAAUGUAGCUAGCACUUUCUGUUACUGGGUUGUCCAGGAAGAGACCGCAA